GGGCGUGUCAUUGCGGGUGGAGUAUUUUCACUCCACAGAACCUCUACGGAGUGAGUAAUUACUGACUCCGCAGCCAACCGAGGGAACACACGCUCUGUCACACAGAAAAAGAGGUUCUCAACAAAUUAGUGGAAGAUUCUGGCGUGGAAUUGUGGAAUUUAUACAUGUUACAGUGUGUGACUCCGAUGGACUGCUGGGAAACACCGAAGGAACUGACAGAAAGCUCAUGAAACCUGUUGCUCUGAGCACUAAUGCGAAAGGUGAACUGAUUUAUUUUUUAUUAUACACCCUUAUUAUAUAUUUUUUUAAAGGAAUUUUUUUUUUGGAUUGUGUCAGAUUUCGUUUUCAUAUUUUCUUCUCGAUUUUUCGCCGUCUUUUUGGUUGUGAAUCCGCCGGAUUGCGUUCAUCGGAUGCAUUCACCUGCCAUGUGGAAUUUAAAGCAGAUCCGAAAGGAAACCUAGGCUUAAAAUGUUACUUUGUUACAAAGUAUCUGCGGGAAAUGAACUUUCGACCUUAGCACGGUUUACUCGGUGAAUGAUUGACCAUUUAGUCCACGGAUGCGCGUGCUUUUCCAUGCCCGUGUUUAGGAUCAUGGUCUGUAUGAAAGACACUCACACAGUUGGAAGAAAGUGUGCUCGGGAUCUGGAAUGAAACUUCACUGUGAUUUACAACCUUGUGGACUGUGGACAUGCUGCUGGAGCAAUUAAGGUUUCCUUUUGGGAUUUCUUCUUUCCGAAACGCAGCAAUAAAUUAAAAAAAGAAAGGAAGGAAAGGGGAAAAACCUGAGCCGAGGAAAUACUCAAGAAUUGAAAUUGAGAGUUUUUCAGUACGGGGAAACCUGCAGAUGAGCAUCACUUCACCAUGGAGACCUCAGGGAUGCACCCGGUCAGAUUUUGGCUGCACGCUCUGCUGCUGUUGCAACUGUCUCGGCUUGGUGAUGCUGCCUCUAAGGAUAUAGUGUGUGAGCCAAUCACUGUACCGAUGUGCAAAGGGAUUGGAUACAAUCACACCUACAUGCCCAACCAGUUCAAUCAUGACACCCAGGAAGAAGUCGGCUUGGAAGUGCACCAGUUUUGGCCACUUGUCCGGAUCCGUUGUUCCCCGGACUUGCUUUUCUUCCUGUGCAGUAUGUACACUCCCAUCUGUCUUCAGGACUACAAAAAACCUCUGCCCCCUUGCAGGUCCGUGUGCGAGAGGGCUAAGAGGGGUUGCUCCCCCCUCAUGAUCCAGUAUGGGUUUGAGUGGCCUGAGCGGAUGAGUUGCGAGCAGCUGCCCAUGCUGGGCGACACCGAUCGGCUUUGUAUGGACCGGAACAGCACUGAGACCACAACUCUAUCACCUUUUUUCCCCAAACCCACUCCCAAGGGAACAGCACGACAUAGACCCACCGUGAAAUCUGCUCCACCUCAGAAGUGUGAGCGUGAGUGCCAUUGUCGAAAUCCCCUAGUGACAAUUAAACAGGAAGCACAUCCUCUCCAUAACCGGGUACAUACUGGCUCUCUACCCAAUUGUGCUUUGCCUUGCCACCAACCCUUUUUUUCCCUGGAUGAGCGUACCUUUACAACCUUCUGGAUCGGCCUGUGGUCAGUGCUGUGCUUUGUCUCGACACUCACCACUGUUGCCACUUUCCUCAUCGACAUGGAGCGUUUCCAGUAUCCAGAACGGCCGAUUAUCUUCCUGGCUGCUUGUUAUCUGUUUGUGUCACUGGGGUACAUUGUGCGACUGCUUGCCGGCCAUGAGCGGGUAGCUUGCGAAGGCUCCGGCAACCAACAGCACAUCCUCUAUGACACCACGGGUCCAGCCCUUUGCACGCUAGUUUUCCUGCUCAUAUAUUUCUUUGGAAUGGCCAGCUCCAUCUGGUGGGUGGUGCUUUCCUUCACCUGGUUCCUGGCGGCGGGAAUGAAAUGGGGGAACGAAGCCAUCGCGGGUUACUCGCAGUACUUCCACCUUGCUGCUUGGCUCGUCCCCAGUGUCAAGUCCAUCGCUGUCCUGGCUUUGAGUUCGGUGGAUGGAGACCCCGUGGCUGGGAUCUGUUACGUCGGCAACCAGAGUUUGGAGAGCCUACGUGGCUUCGUAUUGGCACCGCUGGUCGUCUACCUCUUCACUGGCUCCCUCUUCCUUCUGGCUGGAUUUGUUUCACUCUUCCGUAUCCGUAGCGUCAUUAAACAGGGCGGCACCAAGACGGACAAGCUGGAGAAGUUAAUGAUCCGGAUCGGGCUCUUCACUGUCCUGUACACCGUGCCCGCAACUAUAGUGGUGGCUUGCCUGUUGUACGAGCAACAUUACAGGCCAGGCUGGGAGCGGGCCCUGGCCUGUUCUUGCCCGUCGGAGCGCCAGCAGCUUGGCAUGGGGCCGGACUAUGCUGUCUUCAUGCUGAAAUACUUCAUGUGUCUUGUAGUAGGGAUUACCUCAGGUGUUUGGAUCUGGUCUGGGAAGACUCUGGAGUCCUGGAGACGUUUUGUGGCACGGUACCUCCCCUGUAGGACCCGGAAGCCACCUGUAACAGGCUCUUCCAUUUACAGCGAGGCGAGUACCGCUCUCACAGGCCGAGCUGGAACAGUACCCACAGGGAACUAUCACAAAUCAGCACCUUCAUCACACAUCUGAACAUUUGCCAGAAAGCCCGGGUCCAUUAUAAACCCUACAACUGUCAAACGAGUGAAGCAUGAAGUGUGCAGGUCAUGACUCUGAAUCACCAGGUGUCUGUUCGACUUGAUGGAAGGAACAAAUAUAUUAUGAAGGAUUUUUACAGGCUAUUGGUUGUUUAAUUGUAGCCAAGAUCUUCUCAUUCACUGGUCUAAUUUGCAGAGCAAUGAACAUGUUGAUACUUUGUGAGGAAAUGCUAAUUAGUCUGCUUUACAAUUGUUGCUAGCUUCUUUCUGUGUUUGUUUUUCUAGACCAUGAAUGAUGGAAACAAUAAGAUGUUUAAUACUUGAUAUGAGUCAAGAUAAUUGAGGGGUUCGUGGAGAUAUUUAAUUUAUUUGUGUAUUUUUGUAAAUGAUAUCUUGUAUAAACAGUCGCUCGGUUGUGUUUGUGACUUUAUCAGGAGGAUUAUUUUGAGUACCGUCUAGUCUUUUAAUUUACAAAUUUGUUCUAAGAUAUGAGGUGCUUUCAUGGGUUCUCUGUGUAAAAAAAAAAAAGAACAUUUCAGCUUAUACUGUCCAAGUCUAGAGAAGAAGCAGUUCACAUUCACCUCAAGUUGUUGCAGGCAGUUCUACACAGGUUAAUGCUCACCAAAUGUUUUUCAGUGUCCCUCAAGAGCCACUUAUCAAAGCUAUCUCCCCGCUGAUAAUUGAUAAUAGAUGGUUGGUUAAGCAUCUAUUGGGCAGUGUUAAAUGAUAGGAUGUGUAUGUUCUAUCUAUAGAGUUUUUAGAAGAGUCUGCAGGUCUACUGUGUGAGCUUGACUUCCCUCUUGUGGUCAAUGGUUCAAUAUUCAUGAGGUUCAGGACUUAACCAGCAGCCAUACUAGGUUUGUUGAAUACAACUUAUUUUUGGUCUGUUCAUUUCCUUGUCAAGUCUCAUGAUCCGUUUUGGGUUAUUUUAUGUAAUUUCACCUUAUUUGUGUUUUGAAUCAGAAAACCAGUUGAUGCACUUUUAGCAGACAGAAUCUGUAAAUGUUGUUUUUGUAGUUUUCAAUGGAGCAUCAAGGUGUAAAUAUAAGCAUUGAUUGGCUACUUUUACGGUUUAAUCUGUUGUAAUAUUACCAUAUCCUGUGUAGUCUUUAAAAUGUCUCACAAUUUUGCCGCAUGUCUGGUUGUGUACAUACUCGCUUGGCUCUAUACAAAUGUAAAUCUUGCAGAAGACGUGUCCUUUUCUGAGUCCAGACUGCAACUCUGUACAUAUGUUUUGUAAAAGAUAUGAAAUACAGUGCUACAAUUUUAAAGAGAUUCUUAGAUAUUUAUGAAAAGUGUCUUUUAAACAUGUUUCUUUUGUUUCUCUUACUAGUAGAGAAUAAAAGUGAAGAGCAAUCUGUGAA